CCUAACUUGACGUUUGCGUCAUUGAAAGUAUUCAUGGGUGCAGGCAAAGUUACUACAAUUUUAAGUUUUUACAAUAAAUGCUUGUUUUUGAAAUGAAAUGGAGGGAUCGAGUGCUAAAGAGUCCCUCAACUGUGCCGGGUGCUUGAACAACAUUGGAGAAGAUGACUACGUGUCCGCUCUGGACCAAGAGUGGCAUACUGAUUGCUUCAGGUGCUCAGUAUGCGACUGCCUGCUCUCGACAUGGUACCACGAGAAGGGAGGCCUGCUGUUCUGUCAGCAGGACUACUGGGCACGCUUCGGCGAGCCAUGCCACCAUUGUCAAAAGGUGAUGACUGGACCGGUGAUGGCAGCCGGUACUCGCCACUAUCACCCAGAGUGCUUCGCGUGUAAUACUUGCGGAGCCCCCAUCGACGACAAGGAGGCCUACGCGGUGCAGCAAGAACGGUUGUUUUGUUCUCCUUGCUACGCGCGCUCGGAGGGGGGAGCGCGCGCGCUGCGCGUGGUGCGCGUGCCCGUGCCCAGCGCCAAGCUCAAGGACUCCGAUGGGCGCUGCGCUCACAACGUGUCGGCGAUGGCUCGCGCCGUGCUGCGCGCCGCUCUCACCGCUUGCAUCCAGCUCACCUGCCAUAGGCUAGACUCGUCUUGCGGGCUGUUAACCCUUCACAUCGGCGACCGCAUAUUAGAGAUCAACCCGCCUAAGCCCAAGGACGAGCCCGAUAAAGUCCCGGACACAGUUAUACAGCUAACCAUAGAACCCCCCGAACCAAUGUGCAACAUACCCGACCCAGAACCGUCAGAGGGAGAUGGAAAGAAGGAGCGUUUGUUCAAGAGGAAGGGAGACGGAGCUAAUAAGAGAGUCAUUAAGAGGAGGCAGCCGAGUUCACCUCUGCUGUGCGAUAAGGAGAGGAGUAGCAGUAUGUCCAAAUUAUUAGACGCAGUCAUUAAGAGGAGACAGCCGAGUUCACCUCUGCUGUGCGAUAAGGAGAGGAGUAGCAGUAUGUCCAAAUUAUUAGACGCUGUUGAAGUCGAUCCAGAACCCACAGGCGUGCUAUGCGACCUCUCGCGGGCUCGGUCGUUCCGGGCGGAGCCGCGGGACGUCACGCAGCGAGUCUUUCGUGCCUGCGACUUGUUACAGGGCGAGCUACUAGGCUCCGGGUUUUUCGGCGAGGUGUACAAGGUGACUCACCGCGAAACCGGUGAGGUGAUGGUGCUCAAACAACUGUACAGACUAGACGAGGGCGCGCAGAGGAAUUUCCUCAAAGAGGUGGCGGUGCUACGCUCUCUAUCGCACCCGAACGUUCUGCGUUUCAUCGGGGUGCUCUACCGCGAUAAAAGACUGCACCUGGUGACUGAAUACGUCGCUGGAGGGACUCUAUACAAUCUCAUACAGGACACCAGUAUAGAGUUAUCAUGGACAGAGCGAGUGCGCCUAGCACGAGAUGUGGCGGGCGGGGUGGGGUACCUACACCGCAUGAACGUCAUACAUCGGGAUCUCAACUCACACAACUGUCUUGUGCGCGAGGACAAGACAGUGAUUGUAGCGGACUUCGGGCUGGCUCGGAUCGUGCAGCGCACCGCCAGCAGCUCGCUCGAGCGGCACUCCACGCUGCGGAGGAAGCGGUAUACGGUGGUGGGCAACCCGUACUGGAUGGCGCCAGAGAUGAUGAACGGGAACGUUUAUGAUGAGAAAGUUGACGUUUUCUCCUUUGGCAUCAUACUCUGUGAGAUAAUCGGACGGGUAUCAGCCGAUCCAGACUUCCUACCACGGCGACCGGACUUUGGUCUGAACGAGCCUUUAUUCUUAGAGAAGUUCUGCCACGACUGCCCGCCGCCGCUGUCUCGCGUGGCGCUGCUAGCUGCCCAUUUACGACCCGGACACAGGCCGACGUUCGAAGUGAUCGAGAUCUGGCUGGAAACACUCCUCAUGCACACGGACAGUGCGGCGGCGCAGGCGCGCCUGCUCGCCGACAUCGCGCAGUACGCGGCCGGCGGCGCGCCCAGCCCGCAGCUGCAGGUGCUCAAGUCUCCAUCUACAGUGACCAUAACGGCAACUCCAUCAGUCCCCGGUCGUGCGCUGGGCAAAUGCGUCUCCGCGUCUCACAUCGGCGCCCCACCACGAGUCGUCACCGUCACCAACCUGAGCCGGAGUCAUAAUACACUGCACACUCCGGGGUACAUAUUGAGGCAGAGGCCUGGCAACAUUGACAUUACAAAGGUGGAUGACAUCUCCGAGUGGCUGGACCCGCGGCCCAGCGACUCGGCCAGCAUGCCCGCCUUCCUGCGCAACCAGUCCGUGGAGGGGCUCGAGACCCGCGCCAGGUCCGACCCGCCGCUACCCUUCUGCCGCCACCACAGUAUACCAGAUCAAUGUCAAGAUGAUAGACCGUUGAAUGAUGAUGACUCGGAUUCUUCCGAUGAUGAUCUUGAAGAUAUUACGGAUUGGCACAGGAACGUCUCAACCGUCGGCACCUCUUUCAAAAAACCCGAAAAAAUGGAAGUUGACGCACCCAAGAACAUUAUCUCUGGCAUCGUCAAGAAAGGCGAAAACCUUCUCAAGAAGAACAGCUACGAUGUCACCAGUGUCACUCUCAGGAACCCGGACGAAAGGAAAGUUCCCGAAGUCGACUGUAGGAGGUUUAACAUAGACUAUCUAAAUAAAAGUCCAGUUAUGGCGGUCGCGGUGAAAAAUAUUCAAAAAGAAAAACCUGUGGAAAAACUGGGUUUUUCACGAAGAAAUUGCUCUCGCCUAAGUUUAGUAGGCUUUUCAAACCGAAUACGGCGGAGGUGGUGAGAAAUAAGACAGAGAUGGAGGAUAAGGAGGAAAAGAGUCGGAGCAAGUUCUUUAUACAGCGGCCCGCGUCGCCCAGCAACUUGUACCGGGGCCACCGGGUGCGGCCUGCUGACGACACCAAGGACAAGAAAGAGAACCACAUACUCAAAAGUGACCUGAAAUUAGCAAGCUUGGGCAAACCGAUGACGCCGAUAUUCCGGCGGCACGUGGUCACGGAACGGCCGGACUUCGUCGACGGCAGGUUUAGCUACCGAGAGC